GUUGCCGUGGAGAUGGGCUAACAGAUGGCGCUGGCUGUCCUCAGAGGGGUGAGGAGGGAGCAGAGGACCUGACGUAGCUGGUGGCAGGCCAGGGACGUGCCGGGAUGGAGGUCCUGAAGGAGAAAGUGGAGGAGGAGGAGGAGGCCGAGCGGGAAGAGGCAGCCGAGAGGGGCGAGAAGAUGAUGAGGCCCGUGGAGAUGCGGAGGGAGGAACCGCCCAUGACGCAGGAGAUGCUCAGAGACCUGGAGAAGAAGCUGUCAGAGAUUGAGAUCGUCAUCCCAGAGCAGCCCUCGAUCAUUACCAAGGACACUUUCGACAUCUCCAAGCUCCCCCUCUCCUACCAAAGCAACACGCUCAAGGAGGAACAUUUGCUGCAGGUGGCAGACAAUUUCGCCCGUCAGUACAACCACCUGUGCCCGGACCGCGUGCCCCUCUUCCUGCACCCGCUGAACGAGUGCGAAGUGCCCAAGUUCGUGAGCACAACCAUCCGGCCCACGCUGAUGCCCUACCCCGAGCUCUACAACUGGGACAGCUGUGCCCAGUUUGUCUCAGACUUCCUCUCCAUGGUGCCCCUGCCUGACCCCCUUCAGCCACCCUCGUACCUGUACUCCCCGACCGCGGUGCUCACGCACCAGAAGGGGAACUGCUUCGACUUCAGCACGCUGCUCUGCUCCCUGCUCCUCGGCGCCGGCUACGAUGCCUACUGCGUCAACGGCUACGGGUCGCAGGACCUGUGCCAAAUGGACCUGACGCGGGACGUGUGCCCGCUCACCAUGAAGCACAAGGAGGUGGUCCAGGAGGAAGAAAAGGUACCACCUAAGAAGUACGCCAUUAAACCGCCCAGAGACCUGAGCAGCAGGUUUGAGCAGGAGCAGGAGAUGAAGAAGCAGCAGGAGAUCAAAGUGGAGGAGGAGAAGCGGCGGAAGGAGGAGGAACAGCGCCUCCUGGAGGUGGAGAAAGCAAGGAUCGACCCCCUGCAUGGCCUACGGGUACACGCCUGGGUCCUGGUGCUGUCGGGGAAGCGUGAGGUGCCCGAGAGCUUUUUCAUCGACCCAUUCACGGGGCGCAGCUACAGCACCCGGGAUGACCACUUCCUGGGCAUUGAGAGCCUCUGGAACCAUAAGAACUACUGGGUCAACAUGCAGGACUGCUGGAACGGCUGCAAGGACUUGGUCUUUGACCUGGGAGACCCUGUGAGGUGGGAGUACCUGCUCCUGGGGACUGAUAAGGCCCACCUGUCUGUGGCUGAGGACGAGGAGGACAGGAUGAAUGAUGAUGAAGAUGUGGAGAAUCUGGGCAAGGAGGAUGAGGAUAAGAGUUUCGACAUGCCGUCCUCAUGGGUGGAGAAGAUUGAGAUCUCCCCGGAAGUGUUCGAGACCCGCUGCCCAAAUGGGAAGAAGGUGAUCCAGUACAAGAGGGCGAAGCUGGAGAAGUGGGCGCCGUAUCUCAACAGCAACGGCCUCGUGUGCCGCCUCACCACCUACGAGGACUUGGAGUGUACCAAGACUUUGGAGAUAAAGGAGUGGUACCAGAACCGGGAGGACAUGCUAGAGCUGAAACACAUCAACAAGAGCACAGGCCUGAAUAUCGACUACUUCAAGCCAGGUCAUCCCCAGGCUCUGCGUGUGCACUCAUACAAGUCCAUGCAACCUGAGAUGGACCGCGUCAUGGAGUUUUACGAAACGGCCCGUGUGGACGGCCUGAUAAAGCGGGAGGAGACGCCCAAGACAAUGACAGAGUACUACCAGGGACGGACUGACUUCCUCUCCUACCGCCACGUGGAUUUCGGGGACAGGGUCAAGAAGUUGGCUCUGAACAGCGCGGAGUCAAACCCCCGGCCAAUGGUGAAAAUCACAGAGCGGUUCUCGCGCAACCCCGAGAAGCCCGCGGAUGAGGACGUGGCCGAGCGCGUGUUUCUAACCCCGGAGGAGCGCAUCCAGGUGCGCUACCACUGCUGGGACGACCGCAUCACGGCCUCCAAGCGCGAGUUCCUGCGGCGCGCGGAGGUGGACAGCAAGGGCAACAAGAUCAUCAUGACGCCGGACAUGUGUAUCAGCUUUGAGGUGGAACCCACGGAGCACACCAAGAAGCUGCUCUACCAGUACGAGGCCAUGAUGAAGCUGAAGAACGAGGAGAAGUUGUCCAGACAUCAGGCCUGGGAGUCGGAGCUGGAGGUGCUGGAGAUCCUGAAGCUUCGAGAGGAGGAGGAGGAGGUGCACGCCCUGACCAUCUCCAUCUAUGACACCAAACGCAAUGAGAAGAGCAAAGAGUAUCGGGAGGCCAUGUUACAGGUGCCCCCCAGAGACCCACCACAAGCCCUGCCUUCUUCCUGCCAGUCCCUUCUGGCCUGA